AUGUCAAAAGUGAAUGUUCUCGUCUUUUCCAAAUUCUGCGUCCCCGAGGAUGAAAGCCUCGAGGAUGAGAAAUGGGCCAACUUCUACCAGAUCCUGACGCAGUCCCCGGGUCACUCUCGUUCCAAAUGGGGCCGAAUUAGUGAGUGUCCAAACUACGUGCUCCUCGUCACGAUCUGGGACUCGCCCGAUGCCCUGAGCCAGUUCAAAAACUCAUCUUCAUACCACGCCUACUGGACCACUUUAUCUCGGGACUCUUCUAUUCCCCCGGAGGUCUUUGAAGUCGAUAACAGUUUCAUACUGUCAUGGUUCUACAAGCGGGUCAUGGGCAAUAUUUCCAUUGUUACCGCCUAUUUUCCUGUCCUCGAGGCUAGUAACAACCUGGAACGAAUUAACGCCUUCAGCGGCCUCUCUGUUGCUGGAGGUCUGGGUCCUGGAGCCCCGCCGCGACGUCUUCCACAGAGACAGAAUCCAAAAGCAUACUGGGUCAAUGAUACCCGAGAUCGAAAUGGCAUGGAAGUGAAGGCUCGAUUGAUGGUUCAUUUCUGGACUGAUACCCAGAAGGAACAAGAGUUCAAAGAAAGGCGCAACAUCAGCGGGCUAACAUUUUGGGAAGAGUUCGAACAGCAGUUGAGGGAAACCGGAGCAAUUGAUUGGACCGAAGAGCACUGGGACUACAGUAAUCUACCGUCAAAGGAUGUUUAG